AUGUGUAGUUCUACAAACAUUACAAAGUUAUCGUAUCGGUUUUCUUCCUUUAGUGAUCCAAUCGAUAUAAUAAACGAUGAAGAUCUUGCAAUGUUUUAUAAUUUUGCUAUGGAAAAUAUUUUUGAAAUUUAUAAAUUAUAUGUCGUUGAAGGGUUUUGUGCUGGGUCAUCUAGUUUUUCACCUCCAAAAAAAUUUAUAGUUCCUGAUUUGAAUUUCUGUAAUGAUGAAGAAAAUUAUGAUGUUGUAAACGAGUACCAGCCAAAUCCUGAUAAUUCAUUUGAAAAUUGUUUGCCAUCUUCAUCAAUUACUUUUGAACCAAGGCACGUAUUUAAUAACAAAGAAGACAUGAAACUUGAGUUGGGAAAAAAAUGUUUGUUAGAACACUUUGAGUUUAAAGUAGAUAGAUCUUCUAAAACUCGGUACGAAGUGUCAUGUUUGGUGGACGAUUGCGUUUGGCGUUUUCGUGCAUACAGUUUUAGGGAUAGUGGGGUGUUUUUUGUUAAGAGUUUUAACGAUAAACACACGUGCUCGAAGACGCUAACGUACCCACAUGUUCGUCAUGCAAACCCAAAGGUUGUUGCUCACUAUUUAAAAGAACCUUUAAAAGACAGUGGUAGAAUAUAUCGUUGUAAUGAAAUAGUGAAAGAUUUUAGACAAAGAUUCCAAGUUGAGAUAACCACUAGUCAAGCUUGGCGUGAAAAAAGUCUGGCACUAGAGCUUUUACAAGGAACAAGCAGAGAUUCGUUUGCAGAACUACCAUUUUACUGUUACAAUCUAGAGCGGGCAAAUCCUGGUUCUGUCACUCAUAUCAAGACUGAUGACGAGCGUCGGUUUGAAAUGGUCUUUGUCACGAUUGGUGCUGCGAUUCGUACCUUUAUCUGUAAUCUAAGACCGGUGGUGAUCAUUGAUGCUGCACACCUAAAGGGUGAAUUUAAAGGGACGUUAUUUUUAGCAGUCGGGAUGGAUGGAAACAACCAAAUUUUACCAAUUUCCUAUGGAAUAGGAAAAUGA